UCUGAGAUGAACAACAUAUAUGAUGCGAAUCUGAUAGAGCAUAUGGGGACCGACUUGUAUGCAGCGUCAUCUUGUUAAAGGGCUGCGACGAAAAUAAUUCGGCAACAAGAUCGUGAGUUCGUACGUUUGUUCACAGUCUACAUCCAAGGCGACCUACAAUGAACAAUAUAACUAAUGGAACAAGUGAUUUCGACCCAUCCGUCCAUCCAGAGUUAAAAAUAGCCGGCGCCAUUAACUUCUAUGGGCUGUUUGUCCUCCUCGGAGUCGGUGUUCCGGGUAACCUCAUGGUCAUUGCCGUGAGCACUCAAAGGCAUAACAGGAAUAAAUCUUAUUCACUUUACAUGGGAGCUCUGGCAGUCUUUGACAUAAUUGGCCUUCUCGUUCCUGGUCUUUACCGCUGGAUUUUGCACCAAUUUAGUAUGCAAUCUGAUGGCAGUUGCAAAUGGGGAAAAUACAUCUCGAGCACAAAUUUUGGGUGCUCCGUUUUUAUCAUCAUAGCAAUGACAUUGGAUAGGUAUUUGGCAGUUACGUCGCCAAUGAACGUAAGGCGAUUCUCAUCAGUUAACCGCACACGGAAGGCUAUCAUUGGCAUCGUCAUAUCCAUGGUAGCAUUCAAUAUCCCGUUCUAUGUGUACACCAAAAAGAUAGCGGGUACAGUAAUUUGCGAUACAUUCAAUUCGGAUGCUUUGAUCGCAAAAGUGUACCUCUGGCUGUCAAUGGCGUUGACUACGAUUUUACCAUUCGUGGUAUUAGUCGCAUUGAACGCAAAAAUUAUCAACACUCUCUCACGGGCGAGCAGGUUGGACACACUUAAGGAUAUUGGGAGCACGUUACGUAGAUGUAGAUCUUAUCAAGCCCGACAGGUGACACGCAUGCUGGUAGCUGUCUCCAUUGCCUUCAUUGUGCUCACUUCGCCGUUCUAAAUCCGGGAAAUUAUAGAGAAUGUCAUCUCUGUAGAAAAUAUUGCCUGGAGUAAAGCAAGUCGUAUGUUGCUAAAUUCUGUAACUGUGAUGAUUUGGCUCAGCAACAGCGCUAUCAACUUUUACAUUUAUGCCUUAUCAGGUCGGAAGUUUCGCAGGGAUGUGAAAUCCCUCUUUUGUAGAUGUGUUCAAAUAAAUCUGCCGAGAAACACGAAUAAUGCAGGCGGCAUGAGUAUUGAGACAAUUCAACGAAAUGCUACAAGUACAGAUAACGAAA